AUGGCUGGCAUUUCUGGUCCCGUCUAUGGCCUCGAGGUCCCUCCCGGCGAGAUCCUGAUUCCCGCCGCCAUGGACUUCCCUGCCUCUUUCCGCAUUACCAUGGCUGCUGUUGACCCUACUGAGGAGCCCGAGGCCGACGAGGAUGGCAACGUUCCCAGGGUUCCCCGCUCUACCCUUCGUCUUGUCAAGCGUGCCUUCCCCGGCCUGGACGACGACGAGGACGACGUGAUUGAUGAUGAGUAUAUGAAGGCGCUCCUCGCUGCUUCUGAUGAUGACGACGAGGAUGACGAGGAGGCGAAUGGCGGCCCCAGCGAUCCUAAGAAGUCUAAGAAGUCCGGCCAGAACGCCGCCAUCGCGAAGCUUCUUGCCGCCACCCAGGGUGACGACGAUGACGAUGAGGACAUGGAGGAUGCCCCCACCAAGUCCAAGGGCAAGGGCAAGGGCAAGGCCGCUGAAGAGGAUGAGGAAGAUGAUGAGGAUGACUCCGACGACGAGGACGACUCCGACGACGAGGAGGGUGCUGACCUCGAGAACUUUGUCGUUUGCACUCUCGACACGGAAAGGAACUACCAGCAGCCUCUUGACAUCACCGUCAACCAGGGCGAAAAGAUCUUCUUUGUCGUGUCCGGAACUCACACUGUCUACCUUACCGGCAACUACAUCAUGGAUGACGACGAGGAUGACUACGACGAGGAUGAUGACGAGGACGAUGACGACUUCGACAUCGAUGAGCUCGAGUACGCCCUCGGCGAGGACGAUGAGGACGACGAGAGCGACGAUCUCGACGACGUUGAGGAUCCCCGCAUCACUGAGCUCGGGUCUGACGAGGAGGAGGCUCCCCAGCUGGUCGACACUGCCAAGAAGGGCAAGAACAAGCGCUCUGCCGAUGAGGCCGAGAACCUCGACGACCUGAUUGCCAAGGACGGCGCCAAGCUCUCCAAGAAGCAGCAGAAGAAGCUCAAGAACAACCAGGGCGAGGCUGUCGCUGCUGACGACAAGAAGGACGCUAAGAAGGUUCAGUUCGCCAAGAACCUCGAGCAGGGCCCCUCCGGCUCCGCCACGGCCGCCGUUGGUGUCAAGGUUGUCCAGGGUGUCACCGUUGACGACCGCAAGAUUGGUACCGGCCGCAUCGUCAAGAACGGCGACAGCGUCGGUGUCCGCUACAUUGGAAAGCUCCAGAAUGGCAAGCAGUUUGAUGCCAACAAGAAGGGCAAGCCUUUCACCUUCAAGGUCGGCAAGGGUCAGGUCAUCAAGGGCUGGGACAUUGGCGUCGUUGGCAUGUCCAUCGGUGGCGAGCGUCGUCUGACCGUCCCCGCCAACCUUGCCUAUGGCCGUCAGGCCCUGCCCGGCAUCCCUGCCAACAGCACGCUGGUCUUCGACGUGAAGCUGCUCGAGAUCAAGUAA